AAAAUCAACACGUGGUCAUUUGUUUGAGUCACUGUAUAUAUAUCUAAAUAUGUACCACAGUUUAUCAGUGGAUGAUAAAUUAAAAAUUUCAAAAUAGAGGGGCAACGCGCCGUACAUGUUCAUAUGGAUGUAUGUUUAUAACAUGUAUGUAACAUUGCGAGUCUAUUUUGAGUUAAUAAAUUGUUGAGCUGCGUUUGGAAAAGAGCACAUGACAAUUGUUUAUAUGACGUAAGAAAACAGGUUCACACACUACAUACAAAUGCAAACUAAAUUGGAGCGAUUGGCGGGCGGCCGGUUCCACAUACGCAGUGGACAUCUAUACAUACAUACGUACAUACGUAGCUAUGUACAAAUUUGGCAUGCAUCUCCGUGCAUUAAAUUCAAUGUAUGUAUAGUCAGAAGUAAAGAUGAAAUAAAAAUCCACAAACAAAUUUGUUUAUGCAUUUUACUGCGGCCCAGAGCACCUUGACUAGCGCACUGUUGAUCGCAGCAGUUUUAUUGGUGGCUCGUGGCAAUAGCUAAUAGGAAAAUCAGACAUGAAAGCUGGUGGGAAAUCGCGAAAAAACUCGUACAUAAAAGUCUGUUUUAUAGGAAAUUUUCUAAGUGAAAGGUGAUUAAGUAUGGUGUACAAACGUUCGAAACAGCUGAGAAGUUGAGAAGCAACAAUCGUGCCAGAACACUUGCUGGAAGAAUGCUAACCGCAGCAAAAGCAACUGUGUGUGAGAGCAAAAUAAUCGCAUAAAUAAAAAAAAUAAAACAUAAAAAAAAAAUAAAACACCACCACUGGCUCUGUAUUAAAAGAAAACGAACAGUUGUUUAUACAACGAUUAGAUAAAAUACAGCGCCUACAAUAAUUACAACAAUAAAAAGCAAUCAGAGAGCAAAAUGUACACCUUCCAAAGCGAUUUACUACUCAGACUACUCACAAUGUGAUAUCAACUGACAACCAAACAACACUACUAUUUUUACCGUAGAAGUUAUACUUUAAAAUAUAUGAAUGUGUGCGCUGAUAACAAUCGUCAUCGCUAACUUUUGCUAACAGUUGAUUUUUGUCAUUUGUUUAGUGCGGCUGAAAUAUUUUAAAUUAGCAAAACGUGCGCGAGAAUAUUGUUAUAGCACAAUUAAUUGUGUUGUAGAGUAUAAAUUAAAAACUGAAAUUACUUUUCGAAUUGUUUAAAGCGCGUUAUUUCUUUUCGUAAACAAUGUUAACAGAAUACGCGGGCAACUUAUCGCACCAUUUGGAAUUUGGACAUGCCUUGGAAAUUGUGGCGAAAACUAUUGAUGGAGCUUCACGAUUUCACAUUAAUCUGGCUACUGCAAAAUCGGUGAUUAAUCCAAAUGCAGACAUCGGUUUACGUUUUUCCUGCUUCUUUCGAAAGGAUAUAAUUGUGCGUAAUGCACGGAUCAAUGGCAUAUGGGGUGAGGAGGAGAUACAUGAUAUCGAAGGUCAUUCACUGCAAAAUCCCAUUGAGAUGGGAGAGUUUUUUGUAAUUUAUAUACUCGCAUGUGAAGAGAAGUUUCACAUAUCAAUCAACAAUCGCCCAUUCUGUACAUUCAAAUAUCGCUUACCACUAAAAUCACUGCGCACGAUAGAGAUAUGCGAGCAAAUACAGGUGAUCAAACAAAUGGAUCAUCGCGCUGUAUUCCCAUAUCCUUGGCCGGCAAUACAAGCAUCGGACUUUGGUAAAGCGUUCAGCAAUGAUUCGCCAAUAAUGUUUAGUCCGGGACAUUUAAUUGUGAUAACAGCACGCUGCUUUGACAAUAAGAAAGGACAAUUUAUAAUCAAAUUCUUGGAAAGUGAUACGAAAAGAGAGGAGUUACAUUUCAGUGUGCGCUUUGAUCAGAAAGCAGUUGUGCGUAAUUCGAUGAAUAAGGCCUUCGAAUUCGGACAAGAGGAACGCCAUGGUGGAUUUCCCUUCGUUUUUAAUCAGCAGUUUAAACUUGCUAUCGCAUUCACGGAACGUGAAUUUCUCACCGCUGUAGAUGGAUAUAACUUCUGCAGCUACGCCUAUCGCACAACGAAUGUAUUUCAAAAUCUUGUCGGAUUUAAAGUGACGUGCAUAAAUGGCUUGCAUAUGCAUGUGACUGGUGUAGAUCAUUUGCAAAUGGGUGACCCCUCUUGUACGGGUUUCGAAAAGUAUUCCAAGCACGAUUAUGAAUGUGCUUAGCAUGAUUUUUUUAAUUUUAUAAGUUCAACUUUCCUAUGCGCUAUAUGUACAUACGUAUAUGUUAAUUAUUGACUAACUACAUUCCUGUAAGCAUAAAAUAAGAACCGAAGCUCCAUAUUAUAUAAAAAAAGAAAUAUUCU